CCUGGGCACAGGAAUAAAAGCUGGAGGAGCGAGAUGCCCCCAGUGUCUGGGAAUAGCCGGUGACUGGACGGGAAGUGCUGCUCUGACACGCGGCCACCAGCGCCUAGCUGGGAAGUCUGUGGCUCCAACAAAAGCUCGGGGAGAACCCGAAGGCUCCAUCAGGCGAAACCCCAGGAUGAGGCUGCCGGAGGUGCUGAUUUUCCUGGCCUCCUGGGGAGUCGCCAGGGCUCCACCAGGGAAGUUCUGGCACAUCUCUGACCUGCACCUGGACCCAAACUACAAGGUGUCUGAAGACCCUCUCCAGGUGUGCCCGUCUGCGGGCUCCCAGCCGGUACCCAACGCAGGCCCCUGGGGCGACUACCUCUGCGAUUCUCCCUGGAUCCUCAUCAACUCCUCCAUCUACGCCAUGAAGGAGAUCGAGCCAGAGCCAGACUUCAUCCUCUGGACCGGUGAUGACACACCACACGUGCCCAACGAGAGGCUGAGUGAGGUGGCCGUGCUGCAAAUUGUGGAGCAGCUGACUCAGCUCAUCAGGGAGGCCUUUCCAGAUACUAAAGUCUACGCUGCUUUGGGAAAUCAUGACUUUCACCCCAAAAACCAAUUACCCGCAGGGAGCAACAAUAUCUACAACCAGGUAGCGGAGCUGUGGCGACCCUGGCUCAGUAACGAAUCCAUCACUUCCUUCAAAGAAGGUGCCUUCUAUUCUGAGAAACUGCCGGGGCUGAGCGGGGCUGGUCGAAUCGUGGUCCUCAACACCAACCUGUACUAUAGCAACAAUGAGCAGACGGCUGGCAUGGCUGACCCCGGCCAGCAGUUCCAGUGGCUGGACGACGUGCUGACCAGUGCAUCCCAGGCUGGGGAAAUGGUGUACAUCAUCGGCCACGUGCCCCCGGGCUUCUUUGAGAAGACACGGAACAAAGCGUGGUUUCGGGAGGGCUUCAAUGAGGAGUACCUGAAGGUGGUCCGGAGGCAUCAUGGAGUCAUCGCCGGGCAGUUCUUCGGGCACCACCACACCGACAGCUUUCGGAUGUUCUAUGACAGUGCAGGUGCCCCCAUCAGUGUCAUGUUCCUUACACCUGGCGUCACCCCGUGGAAAACCACGUUACCUGGAGUGGUCAACGGCGCCAACAAUCCAGGCAUCCGGGUGUUUGAAUAUGACCGAGCUACGCUGAGCCUGCAGGACAUGGUGACCUACUUCUUGAACCUGAGCCAGGCGAACGCGCUGGGCGCGCCAAGCUGGGACCUCGAGUACCGGGUGACCGAGGCCUACGGGGUUCCGGACGCAGGUGCCCGCUCCAUGCAUGCGGCGCUGGGCCGCAUCGCCAGCGACCAGGGUGUGUUGCAGCGUUACUACGUCUACAACUCGGUCAGUUACGACACGCGGGCCUGCGACGAAGCGUGCCGCGCCGAGCACGUGUGCGCGCUGCGCGAGGUGGCCUUCGACGGGUACGCGGCCUGCCUGCGCGCCCCCGGCGUCGCGCCCGCGCCCUGCCUUGCGCUCCUGCCCGCGGCGCUGCUGGGCUUGCGCGCGCUGCUCGUGUCCUGACCUUGGGGGAACAAACGGCCGACGCGCUUGGUAAAAUGGAGGCAGCAUCACCCCCGAGAGCUGGACUCUUCCACCCUUUCCCCUCCCCGCGACAGCAGAAUGAACUGGGACUGGGCGGCCGAUCAGGAAAUGAAGCCCCGAGGGUCCCACCAGCAGCACAUUUCUUUCACGUUUCAUGUUUUAUCCAAAAC